AGAGCCUUGAAUUAGACUGCAUGAAUUCAAGUCCCAGCCCCACCGCUCACUAGCCUUGUGGCCUAAGCUUCCUUCCAUUCCCUACUCCACAUCUGCCUUAUGAACCUGGGGUGCACUGGAAGGCAGGGGGUUGACCAGAUCUGGGGCAGGAAAUGGUCAAGGAGAGCAAAAGGCCUGGUGGCAAUAACACUGGGAGGCUGGAGGAGGUGGGACAGAACAGGCAGCAACCCUCUCUGUGAAAGGAGUUUCUUGGGAAGAUGGCACUCUGAAAGGACACCUGGAACCAAUGAAGGAAACUGAUCCAUGAAAAGAGGUUGAGGGCAAACAUCACCUCCUUCCCAGCUGUUAUUAGCACCAGCCUUCCGCCUCCUACCCAAAUGUCAGAAACUAGAAUGAACCGAAGCAUUCCUGUGGAGGUUGAUGAAUCAGAACCAUACCCAAGUCAGUUACUGAAACCAAGCCCAGACUAUCCCCUGGAAGAGGGAUCAGAACCACCUGCUCCAAGUCUAAGGAACAUGGCUCCCAACAGCUUGUCUGCGCCCAGAACCCCUCACUGUUCCUCAGGAGAAUUUUCUCAGGCCCAGCCACCCCUGAAACUUUCAAAUCACCUACGGCCUGUGUCCCAGCAGGUCACCUGCCUGCGCACUAAAAUCCUGGAGGAGAGCGAAGACAGCUUCUGGAGGAGACACCCAGACCCGGGCAAAGAUUUUCCCUUGGGCUCCUCCGCAGCCAGCGAGCAUGAGCCCGAGUCUGUGGUUGGAGUCCUCCCUCCGGAGCAUCAGUUUUCGUUUAUGGAAAAACGGAAUCAAUGGCUAGGAUCUCAGCUUUCGGCAGCUUCUCCUGACACUGGCCAUGACUCAGACAAAUCAGACCAAAGUUUACCUAAUGCCUCAGCAGACUCCUCGGGCAGUAGCCAAGAGACGGUGCAACAGCCGGGGCCCCCCAGGCACCGAGCAGCUCCAGAUCUGCCUACCAUAGACACGGGGUAUGAUUCCCAGCCCCAGGACGUCCUGGGCAUCAGGCAGCUGGAAAGGCCCCUGCCCCUCACCUCCGCGUGUUACCCCCAGGACCUCCCCGGGCCGCUCAGGUCCAGGGAGCUCCCUCGGUUGGAACCUCCGAGGUACCCAGCGUGCGCACAGAUGCUGCCUCCCAACCCUCCCGCACAUGCGCAGUGGAACUGUCAUUACCGUUGUCCUGGAGGCCCCUAUCACCAGGUGCCGUGCUCUCAGUGCCCUUGUGCUCUGCCCAUCAGAACACCUAGCAUCAGUAUGGCAUCUACUCAUGGACUUGUCUACCUCUCCCUCCACAUCAGCAAAGGCGGCCACGACCACCCUCGAGCAGCCUACCAGCAAGUGGUCCAGCCAGCUGUGUGUGGGCAGCCUGUCCCUGGAGCCAGCGUGAGGGGCCCGCACCCUGUGCAGAAGGUCGUCCUGAACUACCCCAGCCCCUGGGACCAAGACCAGAGGCCCACACAAAGAGACUACUCCUCCCCAGGGCUCCCGAGGGACCACCUGUAUAAGCAGCCACCUCAUCGAGCUGGAGUUCCUGAGGAGUCCUUGGAGUGUCCUGCAGAGUUGAGAGCCCUAGGUCCCCAGGCUCCAUCCCCAGCUGCUGUCCCUAGACCCCUUAGUAACCUUCCAGCCAGAGGGACUCUGAAAACAAGCAAUUUGCCAGAAGAAUUACGGAAAGUCUUUAUCACCUAUUCUAUGGACACAGCCAUGGAGGUGGUGAAAUUCGUGAACUUCUUGUUGGUAAAUGGCUUCCAAACUGCAAUUGACAUAUUUGAGGAUAGAAUCCGAGGCAUUGAUAUCAUUAAGUGGAUGGAACGCUACCUUAGAGAUAAGACAGUGAUGAUAAUUGUAGCAAUCAGCCCCAAAUACAAACAGGACGUGGAAGGUGCUGAGUCGCAUCUGGACGAGGAUGAGCAUGGCUUACAUACUAAGUACAUUCAUCGAAUGGAUGACAGAGAUGCUGUGGAGACAGUUCCGCUUCACUAGGACGCUGGACUAGACUUGCAACUUUCAAAUGGUUCUACGGAGUCCCUACUGGGUGCCCAUAGGUGCUGGGGGUCAGGGCGGCUCUGGGCCUCCCACCCCACCUCAGCCAGAGCUGGUUUGCCUUUCUCAGGCUUAUUUGUUUACCAAGGAUUCUGAGAUCUUAAAAAGGCUUGACAUCCACUGGACUAGAACUUGUAAGCUCCAUUCCAACUGAAACAUUCCACAGGCACCUGGAAUGGGCAGAAAGGAUCACAGACUAAGACGGGAGUAUGGGGCAGGACGCUGAAGUGGCCCAGACAGGAUAAGUAAGCGGCGCAAGGCAGGACCCAGGCAGGCCUGAGAUGGGCAGCUUUACCUCAGGGAAAGCUGACUGAAGUCCGGGUCUGUCCUGUGGAUCAGGAGCACAGGAAAAAGGCAGAGUGGGUGGGUGGUUGAGGCUUCCCCAUCUGUCUCCUCUUCUAGCAAGUGCCGACCACUUAUUUGAGAUUAGAACCAACCCAGAGUAAAGGCCAAGGCAGGGUGGUGAGGUCAGAGAAUAAGGCCAAGGAAUAAGGAGCUAAGCAUCCGCCAUUCCAUCCUCUCCCAAUCUGACAGCCCAUGGGCAGGGCCCUGCAAAGGGUCACAGCUGGCUGCUGCAGGUCUGCAUGGCCCCAAAGCACUCCAUGUCCUGUCUGCAUAUCUAGGAGGCUGUCGGUCCGGGGAGCUGACAGCUGGUGGGUGGGAUGGGCUCCUGGUCCCUGCCAGUUCCUGAGGGGACCUGUCAAGCUCUGCUGGUGUGCGGCAAUGCCAGGCAGUAAAACACAGCCCAACCCCAGAGCCCGUCUGACGGUGCCCCGCCAGGAGCCAGAUUGCCUCCAAACUUAGUUUUCUGGGGACAACGAUGUCUUGGGCCCUUCCUUAUCACUGGAGGGGUUGAGGAGGCCAGAUAAGAAGACCUCCAGGCCCCCUCCAGGCAACAGAAGCCUCUAGAACAGAGGCAAUGAAGAGGUUGCCACAAGUAAUGGCAUCAUAGGGCCAAUGACCUCACAAAAAGCCCGGAUCUGGAAAUAGGAGAGAAAUACACUGCGGCUGUCCGGCCGCCAGCCGGCUGGGCGGCCUAGUGGACAAGCAAAACUUUACGGAUUCAGUGUCCUGGAUGGAAGUCAGAGACUAAAUCCAGUUCUUCCCUUGUAACUUAUAAACGCUGUGCCCUUCCUUUCACGUGUUUUUCCUGGUGAUUGGUGUUUUCACGUUGCACAGUACACGGAUCAUUUUAAACUACGCUUUUGGUCCUCUAAAUUUUAAAAGACAGUGGUUCUGAGAACAAAAAACCUUGUGGAGCAUUCGUGUGUGCGUGUGUGUGUGUGUGUGUGUUUAUGAGAGGGUUUCUAUGGUGACUUCAAUAACCAGCUGUCACCACUGCCACUUUCUUCUCUGUCCUGUUUUUAUUCCCCUGCACAAUGAAGACUUCUCAGUGAUAAAAAAAUCAAUCAGAAGAUGAAAUACUUGGGAACACAUAAUUCCUCAUCUCCUUGUCAUCAGAUGACUGAGAGCUUUGUGCUGGCCACAGCACUGGGAAGACUCCAGCUCCCCUCACCUUGAAAAUUCUGGGUUUGAUAGAGUUCUUGGCAGCUAAGUCUUUGGGGGCCACCGCGGUGUCAGAACAAACUGGAACUAUGUGACCUACAGUGUGGCGGGCAGAGCACCUCACAGUUGACCCCCAGUCUCAUCUCCCACUCCCUCCCUAGCCCAUCCUGUGCUCCAUCCACAAAGCAUUGCUAGCUGGUCCCAGCCCCACCAACAUUCUCUCACACCUCCAGACAUUUGCUCAUGCUGUUUCCUCUACUGAGAAUGUCCUUCCCUUCAUCCCUUACUUCCUCUGCCUGACCAACUUCUUCUUGUCUUCCAGUAUCUAAGUGACACCUCCCUUGUAACUGCCCUUCAAAUCACUGAUGUAGAAUGGAUGGCCCCCAUUUGGGGCUUCCACAGCAAUUUUAUACUUUUCACAGUGCCCUGUGGUUGGCAGUUUACCCUUCUUCCUGUUCACCAAUCUGCUGGCUUUGGAAGGAUAGGAAUCGUGUCAGCAGUGUUCUGGUAACCUGGUUCUCAAAACAAAACAAAACAAAACAAAAAACCCCUGAUUUGUAGCAUUUCCCCAUUUCCAUGGUAUAAAUACUCUCAUCAUGGCCAAGUUCAAGCUACCAGUGUAAAAUCACUGAACACAGAAUUAGGAAGGGAGGCAUACAACUGGCUUUCGUGAGCCGAUACAAGCCAGCUCAGCACACCCUGGAAGGUAUCCUAAUCCCUGAAACCCGAAGUCUAGCACAGAGUGUGACUUUUAGUAGGCCCUCAAUAAAUGAUUAAUGAGUGAGCGAAUGGCAUGCAUGUGUAAUGGGGAGAACUUAAAAGUCUCGUGUGUGGCACUCAAGGAAAUCAGAAUAAAAAUGCUGUCGGGACUUGCAUGGUCCUGGGUGCCAGUAACUCCUCCUCCUCAUUCCUGAAAUCAAACCUUCAAAUUCUGUCUG